GGCGAGUCCUCUCCACGCUCCGAGUCCUCUUCUGCGUCUUCCCCGACUACUCCACCCUCCGCGCUCCGUGAAGCCUUAGAGGACGAGUUUCCUGGUUCGCCUUCUUCAUUAGAUUACACCGGCUCGGGUCAUGAUUUACAAAGACCACCGCGUGCAUGUCUACCGCCGCACAUGAACGGACGUACGGCGGUACGACGCUCUCCCCCUUUCCUCGAGAGCCUCGCGCGGUCCACGUUGCCCACUGCAUCCGUCACGAGACCUCUACCAGUGCUUCGCCAACCUACUGGCCACUCAAUUGCUCUCAGUGAUGAAGGCUUCGACUUCGACAACGCAGACUCGGAUCUACCUUGCGUAGACAUUACACAAUCUCCGCCGACGCGGACCUCGAUUGACUCUCUUCGGCAUCUGCGCGAUCGCGGGAUAACUCUGAACUCGGAUACUCAAACGCCAGCCCAUGCACGGCCAUUCAGUACUGGCUCUCCAACGCGAUGGUGGUUUGGGAAGGAUCGAAAGGCGGAUGUGGAUGAAUUACUAGAUGAUAGUGACCGAGCCGACACGAUCGAGGGUGAACAAGCCCGAAUACGCAGGAAGUAUCUUGCUCCAAGGAAUCCAGUUGUAUUCUGCCAUGGUUUACUUGGCUUCGACAGCGUCACAAUUGGACCUUCUAUUGCACCAAUGAGUGUCUCACAUUGGCGAGGCAUUAAAGAAGUGCUUGAAGCUCGUGGUAUUGAGGUUCUCAUCACACGCGUGCCUGCAACGAGUAGUCCCAUGGAGCGGGCCAAGGUCCUUGAGGCGCGAAUAUCUGAGGUCUAUCCAAACCGAGCAGUCCAUUUAAUAGGUCAUAGCAUGGGUGGAUUGGAUUGCCGUUAUUUGACUACGCAUCUUACGCAGCGUAAAUUCCGAGUACUCUCGAUCACAACUAUCGCAGCUCCACACCAUGGUUCAUCAUUCGCGGAUCACUUCAUUGCAACUGUCGGUAAAGAGCGCCUCCCAUCCUUUGUCUCGCUUCUUGAACUGCUGCCAAAUGGCGGCGGCGAUGGGAAAGCCUUCGAAAGCCUCACUACCGAAGCGAUGCGUAAAUUUAACGAGGAAACACCUGAUGUAGAAGGUGUAAAGUAUUUUAGCUGGGGUGCGGAAUUUGAACCCGGAUUGUUGGACGCCUUCAGGUGGCCGCACUCGGUGAUCCUAGAGAAAGAAGGCCCGAAUGAUGGCCUCGUUUCAGUAGCUUCAUCGAAAUGGGGGACUUACCUCGGCACACUUAAAGAUGUGAAUCACCUCGAUUUGAUCGGAUGGAUGAAUACUGCUCGGUAUAAAUGGGCGGAGUUCACUGGUCGACAGAUAAAGUUCAAGCCUGCAACGUUCUACCUCGGAGUUGCGGAUCACAUCGCUAGGCAUGUUGAGGGGCAAAGUGCUGAUGAGACGGAAGCUGACGAACCUACCGCUGGUGAUAAUAAUGGGGUUCGUGGGCCCGAAAACUCCGAAGCCAGUGCCCAGGCCGAAACUAGCAGGGCAGGAGCUGGCGUGAAGACGAAGGAGGGCUUCGAAAAUCGUGGACCACGGACACCAAGUCGAACACCAAGUCCUCCAGCUCGGACUCCAUCGGAUGGUCCACAGUCUAUUAAAAACAACACGAGUGAUAGGAUAUCUGACUCUAGUCCCGGAAGAAGCUGACAGAUGUAGAGUCAUGGAGAAGUUGCGGUCUUUCAAAUUCUUUGCUUUAUGGGGUCUUUCUUUUUCACCAAACUAGCUCUAUAUACCUCCUUCAUUCACGAUACAUGAUACAUACAUGCAACCUUAUUCAUUCGCAACAUACAUAGCUAAUUUUACAAGUAUAGCUGUAGUGUAAAUACGGAU